GUUCAAUGUAUUUGACAAUUUCCUUUGUUCUCUUUUAUCGAGUUUCUUUCACGCGUAUUUUCUGUUUUUGGUUAUGUGAUUCGAUGGAGAAUAAACUAUUCUAAUAAAAAAUCGAUUCUUUAAUAAAAUAUGUUGCGUUCAAUAAUUGGGAAUGCUCUAAGGAGCAGCGUUUCAUACGCUACAACAAUACGUCCGACGACCGUGGCUGGUCCAAUGCAGAAGUGCUCAUUUUCCUCAUUACAAGUUAAAUCCGCCGGCAAUAAUCCAGUUUUUCCCAAAUUGUCACUGCCAUCUAUCAACGUCAAUAUCCUCCAACAGCCUUUGGCAUUGCAAACACAACAAUCCCGUAGUGUUACGAAAUUUUCCCUUAAUAAGGGUAAACGUAAAAGUGUUAAGGCAGUUAUAAAACGUUUCAGACGUCUAGAUUGGGGUGCUUGGAUUCGUACAUAUACCGGUCGUCAAAAGAAAUUGUUCUCCAAAUCUCCAGAACGUAGACGUCGUUUGCGUCAGCAUGUUUUCACCAAUUCCACACAAAGUUGGCUGCUCGAUAAAAUGGUAACAAGCUAUUGGCGACGACCAAAAAAUUGGGUAGAUGAUAUUUAUGCUCCAUAUCAUAAGCGCGAUGAGUUCUUUGCCACCAAAAGUAAACCAUUCAAAGUGUAAAAAAAAAAUUAUAAAUGUUAUAAUGUUAAAUAAAUUGAAAAGUAACUAAUA